AUGUUACAUAGAAAUGUGCCUACUUCAGAAGAUUCAAAUGGAAGUUCUAGAACUUCUAAUUCGGGUCCGAGCACAAGUGCUUUAUCACAAGCUGCUCUAUCUAUACCCACAGUUUCUUCUCAAGUAGCAACAUCUAACAGCUCUUGCACUUCAGCUCCUAUUAAUAGACAGGCGUUUUAUACUUCGCAAAACCAUACAGUAUUGUUAGGAACAGCGAUGGUGAAUAUUCAUCACCAGGGUAUGACGUACCCAGCUCGUGCUCUCAUUGACCCUGCUUCGGAAACAUCGUUUAUUUCCGAAAGAGUACAGAAUCGUUUAAAAAUUUUGACGCAAUCGACGAAUGCUCAAAUAUCUGGUAUCAACCAGCCGAAUUCUGUAAUAUCAAGGAAAUCGUGUUCCAUUUAUAUUGGCACUCCCUCGGACUCUUCAAUUGUUUUGAGUACAGUAGCUCUCGUUUUGCCAACGAUCUCUGGUAAUUUACCCUCAUUUAUUAUAUCGAAUGAGUAUCGAAAUGAUUUGCCAAAUAUACGUUUGGCAGAUACUAACUUGUUUGAUUCUAAACCAGUAGAUCUACUCUUAGGGGCAGAUUUAUAUCCACGAAUUAUAAUGGGUUCAGUUAGAAAGGUUUUAGGGACAUUAGUGGCUCAGAAAACUAUUUUCGGCUGGAUUAUUACUGGUCCAGUUCCUCAGUCUUCCAUUCAGGUAUACAGCACUAAAGUUGAAUUUUCUGAAGAAGAUAGUAUAAAUAGUACCUUACUUAGAUUUUGGGAAAUAGAGGAACCUCCUAAACGGAAACUUAUGUCAGCACAUGAUCGUAUGUGUGAGGACAAUUAUAAGAAAACUACUCGUAGGGAUUCUACUGGUAGAUAUGUAGUAACAUUACCAUUUAAACCUGAAUUUCCCGGGACGUUAACUUUAGGUCAGUCUAAACAGAAUGUUAGGGCGCAAUUUAUACGGACAGAAUCCUCUCUCUUGAGAAAUCCUGUCAUCAAGAAUAUGUAUGAUGACGUCGUUAGGGAAUAUUUAACUUUAGACCAUAUGCGUCCAGUUAAAGACUCUUCUUCUUCUUCUUGCUACCUGCCUCAUCAUCCUGUUAUUAAAUUGGAUAGAAAAACUACAAAAUUACGUGUGGUUUUCAAUGCGUCGAAUAAAACGUCUAACGGCAACAGUCUUAACGAUUGUUUAUUUGUGGGACCCACAUUACAGGCAGAUCUCGUUCUCCUGAUUUUACGUUGGCGCUUUUUUAGGUUUGUGUUUAAUUGUGAUAUAACACAAAUGUAUAGACAGAUUAGACUUGAUAGUUCUCAUACUCCAUUUCAACGAAUUUUGUUUUGUGAUUCUCCUUCGGAGGAAAUUCAAGAGUAUGAGUUACAGACUGUAACCUUCGGUGUAAAUUGUGCACCUUAUCUUGCCAUCCGUACCUUGGUACAAUUAGCUGAAGAUUCCGAAGCUGAGUACCCUCUAGCGGCGAAAAUACUUCGGAAAUGUAUGUACGUCGAUGACGUAUUAACUGGGACUCACGAGAUCCCAACCGCUUUGAUCGCUCGAGAUCAACUUAUAGCGGCUUUAGCUUCAGCAGGGUUUGUUCUUAGGAAAUGGACUUCGAAUGAAAAAUCCAUCUUAUCUGGUAUACCCGUUGAGCAUUUAGUAGAUGCCAAACUAUUGACAUUUAUUGAGUCAAGUAGCUCAAAAACUCUUGGGUUACAGUGGAAUGCUCAUUCUGACUCGUUUUAUUUUAAUGUGGAUCGUAUUUCGAUGCGAUCAAGUCACACAAAAAGAGAAGUACUAUCUAUAAUAGCUAGAUUAUUUGACCCUGUUGGAUGGUUAGGACCAGUCAUUAUUGUCGCUAAGAUGAUAAUGCAGAAGGUUUGGCAAGACCAGAUAGAUUGGGACGCAGCUCUCAAGCCCGCUACUGAAGCCGAAUGGCAAAAAUUUGCUACUUCAUAUCAUGAAGUAAACGACUUCCAGAUUCCUAGAUGGGUUAAUUAUAUACCUAAUUCUACAGUGGAGCUUCAUGUCUUUUCAGAUGCAUCUGAAAAAGCAUAUGCAGGGGUAAUUUAUGCUAGAGUCGCAAGACCUAAUGGCGAAAUUUAUACCCAUUUGUUAACUGCUAAAACAAAAGUAGCUCCCAUCAAAUCAAUUUCUCUACCACGACUUGAACUCUGUGGUGCAGUUCUUGCGACGGAUCUUUUAAAAUCCGUAUUAUAUGAAAUUGACAUCCCAUUAUGUCAAAUAUAUUGUUGA